AGCCAGCCCUCCUAGAAGUCUCCGCGCGCUGGUCAGGGAGCGGAGUCGUGGGCGCAUCAUGGCGGCCUGCCGGGCUGAGGCUCCUGGCUCUGAGCAAGCCUGGCUUGAGGUUGCCCAGGCCUUCAUCCAAGAGACCCUGUGUCCACCUGGCAAGGAGCCUGAUGUUCAGUUGACUCAGCUGGUCAUUGACUGUGUGAAGACUACCUGGUUGUCCCAGGGAACGAGUCAGGGUUUAACAUUGCCCCUCAGCUACAGUUUCGUCUCAGUAAAGGACCUCAGGACCCACCAGUGUCUCCCAUGCUGCAGCCACUUGUCCUGGAGCAGUACUGUGUACCAGGCUUGGGCCCAAGAGGCUGGACCACGUGGGGUCCCCCUGCCCCGGGAACGACUGUUACUUUUAGGGACACUAACAGACCUAUCAGGGAACUUGGAACAAGAGUGCAGGAAUGGAAGCCUCUAUAUAAAAGACAACACUGGUGCCCUGGACUGUGAGCUCAUAGAUCUGGACCUUUCUUGGUUGGGCCAUCUCUUUCUGUUCCCCAGCUGGAGUUACCUGCCUCCUCUGAUGAAGUCCCCAGGAGAGGGGCACGUGGAGCUCUGGGGUACUCCCGUGCCAGUAUUUCCUUUGACCAUCAGUCCUGGCCCUCUCACCCCCAUCCCUGUUGUCUACCCAGAGAUGGCUUCCCGCCUGCUCAGGCACAGAAGUAAGCACAGAAAUGUGCAGCCAAACCUUGCUGGGGAUCUAAUUCGAUUCAGUGCUCUGGUGCAAAGUCGGAAGAAAGCUUACUUUGUCCUGUUUCUUGGUGGAUCCUCCCCAGGUGGCAGCCAGGUGUCUGUCAUUGUGCAGGUCCCUGCCCAGCUGGUGUGGCACCGAACCCUCUGUCCUGGUAGAGCCUACGUGCUAACAGAACUGCGAGUGUCCAAGCUCCCUGGUCACCGUUACCGGGUGUGGAUGACCAGCCCCUCCUCCCAGCUGUUGCCGCUGAAACCAGAAUGUGUGCGAGAGCUGGAAAUCGAGUUGGCCGGAGCCCCCUUGGAGGCCGACCCCCAAUCACUGCCCCAGCCCAGCUGCCCCCAGGAUAAGAAGGGUCCAAGUCCAGACUGUCUUGUCCGGGACUCCAUACUCUUAUCCUACACGGGGAUGGUCACUGACACGCUGAAUCAGCCUGCGGGCCUCUAUGAGCUGGACAGGAAGCUGGAGCUCUGCCUCGCCUACCAGCAGUUCCAUGGCCUUAGGCGGGUGGUACGACCAGGAGUCCGUCUGGAGCUCCAGGAUGUUCACCUCCUGCAGUCAGUGGGCGGGGGGACGAGAAGACCCAUAUUAGCCCCCUGCCUUCGUGGCCCUGUUCUGCUUCGGGGCUUCUCUCACCAGGUGCCCGAGACUCAGUUUUCCUACCAAGUUCCCCAGGGCUCCCUGUAUGAGCAGCUGGUAUGGGAGCACCAGUUAGGACUUCCCGUCUACCUGUGGGCCACCAAGGCCCUGAAGGAUCUGGCCGGCAAGCUGUGUCCUCACGUGCUGAGAUACCACCAGUUCCUGAAGUAUUCGUCACCUGGGGACCCUGGCCUGGGACUACAGAUCCUGGCCCCGAUCUUGGAGGUUCUCAUUCCACCUGGCUGCCCUGGUCGGAACACACACAGCGAGAUCCUUGAAGAGCCCCAUCACUGUCCACUCCAGAAGUACACCCAGCUGCAGACCCCCUGCUUUUUCCCUACUUUGGCUGUUCUGAAAGAGGAAGCGAAGCGCAGGGCCUGGGCCUCCUUUGAUCCUAAGACCCUUCUUCCCCUCCCAGAGGCUUCUUAUUUGCCCAGUUGGCAACUCAAUCAGCGCCUGGCCUGGUCCUGGCAGUGUCUGCUGCCUUCUGCAUUCCACCCUGCCCCGGUACUACUUGGGGUCCUGGUGCCUUCAUCUCGUAAAGGGUGUCUGCAACUUCGGGACCGGAGUGGUUCCCUGUCCUGCCUACUCCUGGCCCAGCCCUUGCAGCCCAUCACUGACCCCAGGCUCAUAGGUUGCCUGGUGCGGGCAGAGAGAUUCCAGUUGGUCAUAGAAAGGAAUGUCAGAAGCAGCUUCCCUUCCUGGAAGGAGCUGAGCACCACAGACUUCAUCCAGAAGAAGCAGGCCAGAGUCUAUGUGCAGUUUCUUCUGGCUGAUGCCCUGAUCUUGUCUGUGCCCAGACCCGUCCUUCACUCAGCCACCUCCUCCAUACCUCCUCGGACAGAGCCUUCCCCUCCAGAGGGUCCCCGUGUAGAACAGAGCCGGCUGUUCUUGCUGUCCCACAAGGAGGCACUGAUGAAGAGGAACUUCUCUGUGCCCCCAAGUGCCAGUUCAGAGGUGCCCCAGCCCACCCUCAGUUUCCAUGUCUUAGGGAGCUGGCUUGGGGGCACCCAGAGGAAGGAGGGAACUGCAUGGGGCCCACCUGAACCCAAGGAAGAUGAAAACUCAGAUCAGAAGGUCCUGCUUCUGUUCCUCGGCUCUUCAGUCCGCUGGUUUGAGUUCUUACACCCAGGGCACGUGUACCGGCUCGUGGCUUCUGGCCCUCCUCAGACACUGAUGUUGUUCGAGGAGGGUGGUUCAUCCUGCAUGUCACAGCGUCCUCUGGAGCUGGCUGGCUGUGCAUCCUGCCUCACUGUCCAGGAUGAAUGGACUGUGGAACUUGCGAGCUCCCAGGAUAUCCCAGAGGUGCUGGGUAUCUGCCCAACACUGCCUGAAUCCUCACUGACUGACCUGCUCAGUGGCAAUUUUGCAGAUUCCUUGGUGUCUUUUUCAGCUGAGAUUGUGUCACAUCUCUGGAUGAAGCCUGGGACUUCUGGGGCUGUGAAACGGUGUGUGAAGCUCACUGUAGCUCUGGAGACUGCCGACUACAAAUUCCCCCCUCACUUGGAUGUGUAUAUUGAAGACCCACACUUGCCGCCCCCACUGGGACUUCUUCCCGGAGCCCGAGUCUACUUUCACCAGCUGGAGAAAAGAGUUUCCAGGUCCCACAAUGUUUACUGUUACUUCCGGUCGUCGACCUAUGUGCAGGUCCUGCAUUUCCCCCCGGAUACCACAGUCAGUGCCCCCCUGCCCCACAUCUACCUGGCCGAACUUCUGCAAGGUGACAAGGCCCCAUUUCGGGCCACUGCUUCUUGCCAUGUCGUUUCUGUCUUCAGCCUUCAUCUGCUCUGGGUAUGUGCUCACUGUACCAGCAUCUGCCCACAGGGAAGGUGUCCUCGCCAGAGCCCCACUUGCCCCACUCAGACAUCUGUAAGCCAGGCCAGCAUCAGGCUCCUGGUGGAGGAUGGGACUGCAGAAGCUGUGGUGACCUGUAGAAAUCAUCAAGUGGCAGCAGUUCUAGGGCUGUGUCCCAGUGAGUGGACCUCCCUCCUCGAGUCUGUCCGAGGGCCGGGGAAAGUGGCCUUGCAAUUUACAGGGCCCGGAGCCCAACUUGAGUCCUCAGCUGAGGUGGAUGAGCCCUUGACCCUCUUCCUCUGGACCCUCUGUACCAGUUUCUCUGUCCUGCGCCCUAUUGUGUUUUCUUUUGAGCUGGAGAGAAAACCCUCCAAGAUCAUCCCACUAGAAGCUCCUCGGCUACAGCAAUUCCAGUGUGGGGAGUCCCCUUUCCUGACUCGUAUGAACCCCAAGAUCCGACUGUCAUGCCUCUCUAUCCAGGAGCCUGAGCACCCCAGUGCCCUGGGGGCCUUAGUUUCCUCCUGCUAACCGACACUGCAGUGGCUGGAGAUCUUGAGGCUGGGCUUCAACUCCUUUCCCUGGUCAUGGCCCUUACCUUCUCUGAAACUGAACCAGGACCCCAGAUGCCUGGAUGCUACCCCAGAUGCUACCCUGCUGUUAUUGCUCCAUAUUCUAAUGCCAACCUGCCUUGCGGAAAUUGUGGAAACAGGGAAAUCAUAGUGCUGUUGCGUUUUCUCUCUAGUAGGUGUGGAGGCACCUGUACUCACAGGUGGCCCUGAGCACCUGGGUUCUGUCUUUGUGGCGGGGACUUGCCCCUCAUGUGUUUGCUCCUGACAGGCCCCUUGCUCUACAAUAAAGCUCUUGGGAUGUUUCUCACUUUCA